AUGGACGUGGACGUGGACGUGGACGUGGACGUGGACGUGGACGUGGAGAACUUGGACGUGGACAUGGACGUGAACGUGGACCUGGACGUGGACAUGGACGUGGACGUGGACGUGGACGUAGACGUGGACGUGGACGUGGACGUGGACGUGGACGUGGACGUGGACAUGGAGGUGGACGUGGACGUGGAGGUGGACGUGGACGUGGACGUGGACGUAGACGUGGACGUGGACGUGGACAUGGACGUGGACGUGGACGUGGACGUGGACGUGGAGGACGUGGACGUGGACGUGGACGUGGACGUGGAGAACUUGGACGUGGACAUGGACGUGGACUUGGACGUGGACGUGGAUAUGGACGUGGACAUGGACGUGGACGUGGACGUGGACAUAGACGUGGACAUGGACGUGGACGUGGACGUGGACGUGGACGUGGACGUGGAGUGGACGUGGAGUGGACGUGGACGUGGACUUGGACGUGGACGUGGACGUGGACGUGGACGUGGACGUGGAGGACGUGGACGUGGAGGACGUGGACGUGGACGUGGAGAACUUGGACGUGGACAUGGACAACUUGGACAUGGACGUGGACGUGGACGUGGACGUGGACGUGGACGUGGACAUGGACGUGGACAUGGACGUGGACGUGGACGUGGACGUGGACGUGGACGUGGACGUGGAGGUGGACGUGGACGUGGACGUGGACGUGGAGUUGACCUGGACGUGGACGUGGACGUGGACGUGGACGUGGACAUGGACGUGGACAUGGACGUGGACGUGGACGUGGACGUGGACGUGGACGUGGACGUGGACGUGGACGUGGACGUAGACGUGGACGUGGACGUGGACGUGGACGUGGACGUGGACGUGGACCUGGACGUGGACGUGGACGUGGACGUGGACAUGGACGUGGACGUAGACGUAGACGUGGACGUGGACGUGGACAUGGACGUGGACGUGGACGUGGACGUGGACGUGGAGGACGUGGACGUGGACGUGGACGUGGACGUGGACGUGGAGAACUUGGACGUGGACAUGGACGUGAACGUGGACAUGGACGUGGACGUGGAGGACUUGGACGUGGACAUGGACGUGGACGUGGACGUGGACGUGGACGUGGAUAUGGACGUGGACAUGGACGUGGACGUGGACGUGGACAUGGACGUGGACAUGGACGUGGACGUGGACGUGGACGUGGACGUGGACGUGGACGACGUGGACGUGGACGUGGACGUGGACGUGGAGAACUUGGACGUGGACAUGGACGUGAACGUGGACGUGGACGUGGAGGACUUGGACGUGGACAUGGACGUGGACGUGGACGUGGACAUGGACGUGGACGUGGACGUGGACGUGGACGUGGACGUGGACAUGGACGUGGACGUGGUCGUGGACGUGGACGUGGACAUGGACCUGGACAUGGACGUGGACGUGGACGUGGACGUGGACAUGGACGUGGACGUGGACAUGGUCGUGGACGUGGACGUGGACGUGGACGUGGACAUGGACGUGGACGUGAACAAGACGUGGACGUGA